AUGAUUGCACAAGAACUGGAAAAGGCUGAUUUUGUUUUGGAUCAGUCUGAAAAGCAAGUUGGUGAUGAAGUGAAUCAACUAAUUCAGAAUGAGCCGAAAUCCAAUGGGUUCCUUGAUGAGAAUGAACUAGAAUUUCUCCACCAAAUUGCUUUCCGGGUUGGUAUUACUUCAUCCGUGGCAGCUCUCACUGAAAGAAGAGCGCUUAGGAGGCUUCUUGAGAGAGCCCAUGCAGAGGAGGACAUAAAAAAGGAAUCAAUUGCAGCCUACCUGCUCCACCUGAUUAGGAAAUACUCGAACAUAUUUAAGAGUGAAACAACUGAUACCACCAACUCCCUGUGCUCAAGCCCUUCCUUCUCCUCCAGAUCGAAUUCUGGCUUGAUUGGUCUGAAUCAUUCACUGUCUAGCUCAACUGAUCUCCAUGGAAACUGUCAGAUUCUUGAGAAGCAACUCCCAAGGGUUGGCUCCUUCAAUUCGAAGAAGAUUAAAGGGUUAUCAGGGAGUAUGCCCUUGCCACCUGAGGAGUUGAGGUGUCCAAUCUCCCUGCAGCUCAUGUAUGAUCCUGUUGUUAUUGCAUCCGGUCAAACAUACGAACGAGCGUGCAUCGAGAAGUGGUUCGACAGUGGCAACACAACCUGCCCGAAAACUCGCAAGCAGCUGUCCCAGCUCUUGAGGACGCCCAAUUACUGCAUCAAGGGUCUGAUAGCAUCUUGGUGUGAACAGAACGGGGUUCCUGUUCCAUCUGGACCGCCAGAAUCUCCCAAGCUAGAACACCUGAGAAUUUCAUCCCUUGAAAGCAGCACAUGUUCGGCGACUGAUGGCGCUAACACUGUUUCUUUCGAAGACCCAGCUGUCAAGGAUGAUGCCAAGUUGGAGAGUGAAGUUUCCAUGGAGAUGUUGUCUCGUCAGAACUCCGGAGAGGCCACAUCCAAACUACGUGUAGACGAAGAAGUCUCACCGGAGAACUGCUCUACUCUUCAGAGCUCCAAGGAGGUUGCACCUGAGAUAUGUGGGGUUGAAGACUCCGUGGAGAAGGGCGCUCAUCAGAACUCCAAAGAUGAUGUGCCUGUCAGUGACAGAUAUGAACAGUGGCUCCAUGUGCUGAACAAGAACGAUGCCGAGAGCAUGAGUGAGAGACAUAAGUUGGUUGAGCAGAUCAGGAUCCUGUUGAAGAACGACGACGAACUUCGAGACUAUGCAGGUGCUAAUGGUAUUACUGAGCCACUAAUCCAUUUUCUGAAGAUGGCUAUAAGCACAGGAGACGUGCAGUCUCAGGAGGUUGCUACAAUGGCUCUGUUCAAUCUUGCUGUCAACAAUGACCGGAACAAGAGGCUGCUGCUGUCAGCUGGAGUGAUCCCCCUGAUCGAGCAGAUGAUACAGAAACGGGAAACCUGCGAAGCUGCCAUCGCAAUGUACCUGAACCUGUCCUGCAUCCCCGAGGCGCAGGCGAUCAUCGGCUCGAGCAUCGCCAUCCCUUUCCUCGUCAAUGGUCUGGGCGAAGGUGGCCCACCAAGCGGCACGUGUCGCCUGGACGCGCUGCUCACCCUGUACAACCUCUCGCUGCACGCGCCCAACAUCCCGUUCCUCAUGGCGUCCGGCAUCAUGGAGAGCCUCCGCGCCGUGCUGACGCCGUCGUCCCCGUGGACGGACAAGGCCCUGGCGGUGCUGCUGAACCUGGCGCUGACCCGGAGGGGCAAGGAGGAGAUCGCGGCCAGCGCGGCCAUGGUGGGCGCCAUCGUGCUCAUCGUGGACAACGGCGAGCCGGGGGAGAAGGAGAAGGCCGUGUCGUGCCUGUACGUGAUCUGCAGCGGCGACGAAGGCAGCAGCCAGACGGUGCUCCAGGAGGGCGUGAUCCCGGCGUUGGUGUCCGUGACGGCCAACGGCACGGUCAGGGCCCGGGACAAGGCGCAGCGGCUGCUGAGGCUGUUCCGGGAGCAGCGGCAGCGGGAGAUGGAGCUGGAGGAGAUGCAGCCGCGGGUGGAGCUGCACGAGGUGGCGAGCCAGGCGGCCGCGCAGCAGCAGCGGGAGGAGGACGAGGAAGAAGAAGAAGAAGAGGAAGAGAUGGUGCUGGCCGUGACGCCGGCCGCCGCGGCCAGUAAGCCGAGCGGCGGCGGCAAGAAGCCGCGGCUGCGCAGGUCAGGGUCCAGGAGGUUCACCAAGGUCUUCACUUGCCUGCUCAAGAAGUGGAGCCUGCGUUGA